UAGCGUCACUACGCUCGCUAGUCGUGGCGUAACUGUGACAGUCUCGCGAGACUGUGACGAGACUCUGAGGUGCCCUGAAAGUCUGGAGCUGGACAAAUGACAUUGCGGGACUUUUAAACAGCGAGUUGGGAUUGUGGGCUGUGUAAUGAAAAUCGGCAAUCUCCCGCAGAAAGCGGGGCUGUUGGGCGCUAUGCGAGUGGUCCGUUGGGUAGGUGUUGUUGGUCUGGAAAUUCAUGCACAGAUUAAUUCGGAGUCAAAACUAUUUUCAAGCUCAAGAGUUCAGUUUGCUGCUCCACCUAACUCUACCGUUUCAUUUUUUGAUGCUUCAUUACCUGGAACACUUCCAGUAAUUAACAGAAGAUGUAUUGAAGCUGCUGUAAUGACCGGCUUGGCAUUAAACUGUUCAAUAAAUAAAAAAUCUUUGUUUGAUCGAAAGCACUACUUCUACGCAGAUCUUCCAGCUGGUUAUCAAAUUACCCAACAAAGGCUUCCAGUUGCAGUAAAUGGAACUCUGACAUAUCGCCAUCAAGUAGGAGCAAAAUGGAAUCAAAUGUUAACUAAAUGUGUGAGGAUCAAACAGGUCCAGCUAGAACAGGACAGCGGAAAGAGUCUUCAUGAUGAGAUCAGGCGACAAACCCUUGUUGACUUAAACCGAGCUGGAGUGGGACUAAUGGAGAUUGUCAUGGAACCUGAUAUGAGCUGCGGAGAAGAGGCAGCUGCUGCAGUUCGAGAACUUCAACUUAUCUUGCAAGCACUAGGAACAUGCAAUGCAAACAUGUCAGAGGGUCAGAUGAGAGUUGAUGCAAACAUUUCAGUACAUCGACCCGGGGAGCCAUAUGGAGUGAGGACCGAGGUUAAAAACAUUAAUAGCGCACGAUUUUUAGCAAAAGCCAUUGAUUAUGAAAUUCAGAGGCAGGUUGAUGUUCUCGAAAAUGGGGGAACAAAUUUGAAUGAAACAAGAGCAUUCGAUUACAAACUUGGGGCCACAAUACCUAUGCGGGAUAAAGAAGGAAAGCAAGAUUACCGGUUUAUGCCAGAGCCGAAUCUUCCUCCACUGGUCCUUUAUGAUUCAAACUCCUUGCCAGCUAAUGCAGACCCAGAUCAAAUUAUUAAUAUUGAUUUGAUCAGGAAAAAUCAACCAGAGCUCCCUAGUGUUAUCAGAGAAAGGCUUGUUGAACAAUAUGGGAUAUUACCAGAACAGAGUUUUAUUCUAGUGAAUGAGGAAGGUUUACAAGAAUAUUUUCAAACUGUAGUACGAAUGACCAAUGUUGACCCUAAGAAGAUAAUUGGAUGGCUGAUUAAUGAUUUACUUGGGCACCUAAGACAGCAGAACCUUACCAUCAAACAGAGUCCUGUCAGUCCAGUUGCAUUAGCAGAACUUCUGACUCUGUUAGAUAACGGGUCUAUUUCCUCUUCAGCCGCCAAACAGGUGUUCCAAGAACUUUGUAAAGGAGGAGAAAAGACUCCAGCAGAGAUUAUUAAGGAAAAGAAUCUAGGGCUUCUGAAGGACAGAAUGCAGUUAGAGGAGAUUUGCCAAAGAAUUCUUAACGGGCACCAAAAGGAGGUUGCUGAAAUAAGACAAGGAAACCAUAAAAUUAUGAACAAACUAAUUGGCUUAGUCCAAAAGGCAACCAAAGGACGUGCUGAUCCAGUUCUAGUGAAGUCCAUACUGGAAGAAAAAGUGUUGUCAUAGUUUUCCUGUGAAGAUUUAAUUAUCCCAAAUGAAGACUUCUGACAUAUUACUUUUCUGGUUACUAUGUAAGCCGACAUGCACAAAUCAGUGCAAGAAAUAGCAAAAACCAUAGAUGUUUUGUCAUUAUAACAAUAGGCAGAGUAUGUGUCCAUUGCAAGCCCUUCCUUCUUAUUCUUUUAAUGUUGUACACAGAACACAGGUGCAUAUUGACACCCACCCCCCCACACCUUUCAUUUACUGACUGGCCAGCUGGGAAGUGGAUAAGGUUAGUACUGAAAGUAAACAGUGCAUUAGAACAACAUAAUGCUUGUGGUCUGUGAUUCAGAAUGAACACCUAAGGCUAAGGGCACACGGGGCUGAUUCUCAGCCUGCCUAUAAGAGAUGGGGGUGGGGGGUUCUAAGCAUGUACCUGUUCUGCCACCUAGAACUAAUCUGGACCCUUGUCCCCCAACUGACUGCACAUUGUUUUCUAAACCCACCCAAACGCGCUGGUGGUGGCCGACUAAGGCACCCUGUGUGGCCAUAGCCCAAGACAUAGAGGAAAAAUCAUUGUACAUUGUGCAGAGCAGAGGGAUACAUUUUCUUUAUUUGCCAUUAUGCCUGCUAUAAUACAUUAUGUAUGUUCUUAGGGCAACACAUAUAUUCUGUAUAAAAGACUGAUUUAAUUAGACGUAUUUUGUGUCCUCUGGCGCUAACAAUGGCAAUCCCUUCAGGAAUGAAUGUAUGAGAGUGUCCAUUUUCAUUUUUUCUCCUAAAGUCCACGAGUAAAACGUUUUCAGGCUACUCAUAACCUGUGUUAGAAUAUAUUAUGUAAUAUAAUGGAGAUUGUUACUGAGGAAAGCUUCUCUGUAUUUUACUGAAUGUACUUUUUUUUUCCCUUGCAUAUUGGUAGCUGGGGCCCCAAGAACCCGUCCAUAUGCUGCCCUUAUAAGCGCUUUAAUGUAACUGCUGAUGUGAAAACACAACUCAUUUGGCCUCAGUUAUAUUAAAAAUGUUAAGAAGCUGGA